AUGUCGACUCAGCUACCUGCCAAUGGCGCACUCCCAGGCCAAGCUGCAACAGGACCUUCUGCAGCAACCGAUGCGCAGACGUCGGCUGCUAGUAUUGGUGAACAAGUGAAUCCAAAUGGUGAUGCGAUUCGUAAAGAAUGGGAUUCUGAGAAACAGAUCGUUUCGUCCCUGUGGAAGCUACAAGAACUAGAAACCAAAAUUCACCAACUCCGGUCAUUGUUGCCGGAUCGUCUGCUGGCACCUAUUACACCAAUCGUCAACCCGCGAAAGGCAGGGUCUCAAAGGGCAAUCCCAAAGAACCCCCAACUGCUGUUUGAAGCCCUUGCCCAGUCCGCCCGCGAUGGCGUCGCGGAGGUGGAAGAAUUCAAGUCGAUGUGGCAGAGUUCCGAGCUGAAAGCCGUCUGGGGCUGGAUGGACGAGAAACUGAAAGAAUCCAACGGCCGCUAUCCGCAGCCCACCGGGAUGUGGGAGCGUGACUACGAUGUCAUCUUGCGGGACCUGGAAAACGAGGAGCGCCAGAAAGAGGAACAACGCCGGAAAGACGAAGAAGAGCAGGAGAGGUUGAAAGCCUUGUCCGCCGAGGGUGGCUGGAGAGGUGUCGUUGAGUCGUUCCAGAAGAGACAACUCUCUGGAUUGCGGCUCCUAGUGAACAAAAACGAGGCUAUGUUUACAGUGCAUCUCGGAAGCGCUGGGAUGACAUUCGAAGUCCAAGAAGUCGUCAGUCCGGAGGACAGUGGAGCGCUUGAAUGGCAGGUCGAGCCCCAGCCGCAGCCAUGGAAGGCACCAAGCAAGCUCGAAACUGCAAUUUGCUCGAAUCUCAAUCGCAGACCUCGCAAAUGGGACCUCGCUUAUUUAUUGGAAAUGAUCUAUUCUUAUUCGGACAUCAGGCGAACACCAUGCAAGAAGUGCCAAAAGAUGACCGACAAUUCCGCUCAGCUUCCCGUCAUCCGACGCCCAACAACAGUGGAAUCUGAUGGCAAAAAGUCGAUUUCCUGGGAGGCGUAUCAUUCGGGGUGCGCUUGA